AGGCUCCACCUCCCCUACGCUCCCAAGUUCCUCUCAAGCCCGAAAGUUUUGGAACACUAUACUCUUAACAUUAGCUUAGUGUCUUUCGCUAACUACUGUUGAAAGGAAAAAAAAAUACACAUCCCUAUCCUUUGUGCUUGAAAACUUCUGUGUUUCAACUUCCAAGAAAAAGAAUUUCUUUUCUUUUCUCUUUUGAGUUGACAUUGGUGUUUUCUUUCCUAUUUUUUUCUUGUAUAUCCAAUCAUUUCAUCGUUUUGAUUUCUUUUUAGAUUCCAAAACUUUACCUUUUUCUAUCUUUUUCGUCGUCGUAUUUUCCGUACAACGAACACUAUAGAAAAGGUUUUCCAAGGCUUAGAAAAAAAUUUCAUCAAUUUUUCUUGUCUUUCCCUGAUUUUUUUUUCUUAGGGCUUCGCUCGAAUCUUUGCUUUUGUCAAUAUUUUCUUUUUUACAAUAGCAUCUUUUCAAUCCUAAAAUCAUUCAUUCAGGAUUCACAAUCGUUUGAUUCCCAUUCUACCCGUUCGUUUUUCGAUAUAAUUUCAGAGCUCUAUUUUGUCGCUCUUGCCUAAUUCGUAAACGAUCGUCUUUCUGUUUUUCGUUUUUCGUUUGUUUGAAUUUUUCUAAAUAUAUCCUUUUUACUCCAAUCUUUAAUUUGUAGAAACUUUUCUAAAGGUUUCUAAAUUUGGAUUCUCUAAUCUCUUUCUUUUUUUUUGGAUUUUUGUUUUGCAAGACUACUUUGCACUUAAGUCCUCUUAACUUUUUUCAAAAUGUCUGAAAAGGUCGAUCACUUCCCCAACCACGCUGGUGAAUACCAGGAAUCUGAGAGACAAGUGCCUUAUGAGCACGAAGAAGACGAGGUCUCUCAACAAGAGCAACAAGCUCCUGCUGCCUCUGCCCCUCAACAAGACCCUUCUGAGGAUGAGGAACCCGAUGAGAACAUUGACGAACUCAUCGAGGAACUCUUCUCCGAAGAUGUCCACGAGGAACAAGAAGAACAAGAAGAGACUGCUGCUGGUGAAGCCAAGCCUGUUCCCGAAGAACUCCUUCAAACCCCCAUUCAAACUGGUUUGUCCUCCUCUGAGGUUGAAGAACGUCGUAAGAAGUACGGUCUCAACCAAAUGAAGGAAGAAGCCGAAAACCCCGUUCUCAAGUUCAUCAUGUUUUUCGUCGGUCCCAUUCAAUUCGUUAUGGAAGCCGCCGCUGCUCUUGCCGCUGGUCUUCGUGACUGGGUCGAUUUUGGUGUCAUUUGCGCUCUUCUUAUGCUUAACGCCGUUGUCGGUUUCGUCCAAGAAUUCCAAGCUGGUUCCAUUGUCGAUGAAUUGAAGAAGUCUCUUGCUUUGAAGGCCGUCGUUAUGCGUGAUGGUCACAUCCAAGAAGUUGAAGCCAAUGAAGUCGUCCCUGGUGAUAUCCUCCACAUGGAUGAAGGUACCAUUAUCUGUGCUGAUGGUCGUAUCGUCUCCGAAAACGUUCACAUCCAAGUUGACCAAUCUGCUAUUACUGGUGAAUCUCUUGCCGUCGAAAAGGGCCAAAACGACCCUACCUACGCUUCCUCCGGUGUUAAGCGUGGUGAAGGUUUCAUGGUCGUUACCCACACUGGUGACUCUACUUUUGUCGGUCGUGCUGCUGCUUUGGUCAACGCCGCUUCUGGUGGUACUGGUCACUUUACCGAAGUCCUUAACGGUAUCGGUACUGUUCUCUUGGUCCUUGUCUUGUUCACUCUCUUCUGUAUCUACACUGCUGCUUUCUACCGUUCUGUUCGUAUCGCUCGUCUUUUGGAAUACACUCUUGCCAUCACCAUUAUUGGUGUCCCCGUCGGUCUUCCCGCUGUCGUUACCACCACUAUGGCUGUCGGUGCUGCUUACUUGGCUCAAAAGAGAGCUAUUGUCCAAAAGCUUUCUGCUAUCGAAUCUCUUGCUGGUGUCGAAGUCCUUUGCUCUGACAAGACUGGUACUUUGACCAAGAACAAGCUUUCUUUGGGUGAACCCUUCACUGUUUCUGGUGUCACUGGUGACGAAUUGGUCUUGACCGCCUGUUUGGCCGCUUCUCGUAAGCGCAAGGGUUUGGAUCCCAUUGACAAGUCUUUCUUGAAGGCCUUGAAGAACUACCCUGGUCCUAAGAACGCUCUCUCCAAGUACAAGGUUCUCCAAUUCCAACCUUUCGAUCCCGUUUCCAAGAAAGUUACUGCUUACGUCGAAUCCCCUGAAGGCAAGCGUAUCACUUGCGCCAAGGGUGCUCCUCUCUGGAUUUUGAAGAUGGUUGAAGAAUCUCACGCUAUUGACGAAGAAAUUUUGAAGGCUUACAAGGACAAGGUCGGUGAUUUGGCCUCUCGUGGUUACCGUUCUUUGGGUGUUGCUCGCAAGUUUGACGGUGAGAACUGGCAAAUCAUGGGUAUCAUGCCCUGCUCUGAUCCUCCUCGUGAUGAUACUGGUCGUACUAUCGGUGAAGCCAAGCGUUUGGGUCUUCGUGUUAAGAUGCUUACUGGUGAUGCUGUCGAUAUUGCUAAGGAAACUGCUCGUCAAUUGGGUAUGGGUACUAACAUCUUCAACGCUGAACAACUUGGUAUUACCGGUGGUGGUACUAUGCCCGGUAACGAAGUUUACGACUUCGUUGAGGCUGCUGAUGGUUUCGGUGAAGUUUUCCCUCAACACAAGUUCGCUUGUGUCGACAUUCUCCAACAACGUGGUUACUUGGUUGCUAUGACUGGUGACGGUGUUAACGAUGCUCCCUCUUUGAAGAAGGCUGAUACUGGUAUUGCUGUCGAAGGUGCUACUGAUGCUGCCCGUUCUGCUGCUGAUAUUGUCUUUUUGGCUCCUGGUCUUUCUGCUAUCAUUGAUGCUCUUAAGACUUCUCGUCAAAUCUUCCACCGUAUGUACUCUUAUGUUGUCUACCGUAUUGCCUUGUCUCUUCACUUGGAAAUUUUCUUGGGUCUCUGGAUUAUCAUUCAAAACCGUUUGCUUAACUUGGAAUUGAUUGUUUUCAUUGCUAUUUUCGCUGAUGUUGCUACUUUGGCUAUUGCUUAUGACAAUGCUCCUUUCUCCAUGAGACCCGUCAAGUGGAACUUGCCUCGUCUGUGGGGUCUCUCCACCGUCAUCGGUAUUGUUUUGGCUAUCGGUACCUGGAUUACCAACACUACUAUGAUUGCUCAAGGUCAAAACCGUGGUAUUGUUCAAAACUUUGGUGUUCAAGACGAAGUUUUGUUCCUUGAAAUCUCCCUUACUGAGAACUGGUUGAUUUUCAUUACCCGUUGCAAUGGUCCUUUCUGGUCUUCCAUUCCUUCCUGGCAAUUGUCUGGUGCAGUCUUGGUUGUCGAUAUUCUCGCUACCAUCUUCUGUAUUUUCGGUUGGUUCAAGGGUGGUCACCAAACCUCUAUCGUUGCCGUUCUUCGUAUCUGGAUCUACUCUUUCGGUGUCUUCUGUAUCAUGGCCGGUGUCUAUUACAUCUUGUCUGAAUCUACUGCUUUCGACCGCUGGAUGAACGGUAAGCCCCGUGAGAGCAGAGACAAGCGCUCUGUUGAAGAUCUUGUCGUUGCUUUGCAACGCACUUCUACUCACCAUGAGAAGGGCGAUGCUUAAGCCAACGUUGUAACAUAAUUAAUGUUUAUAUUAAACGUUCUGUUCUUUCAUCCCCUAAUAUAUAUAUAGAAAGUGUUUAUUAAUUUCAAUAUGCCUUGGUUUUGUUUACGGAAAAUGAAUUGUCCGUUUAAAUAGUGAAAAUACAUUUGAUUUAAUUCGAUAUUUGAUAUCUAGAUAGAUAUGCGAAGAAUAAUUGUUUAUAAAUUAGUGAAUAUAAAAACAAUUUAAUUCUAAUUUUUUUUCUUUUUUCAUUGAA